GCGGCGCGGGCUCCGGCACGGGCUCGGGCUCCGGCAUGGUGCAAUCCGGCCUCGUCCCGGGAGAGCGGGGCCCGCGCGCGGGGCCGGCGCCGGGGGAGCGGCGGCAGCGACGGUGGCGGUGGUGGCUUCAGGCGCAAGCAGGCGGCAGGUGCUAGAAGCGGAGCUGGGCGAGGUGUGUGCCCGCCGGGCUCCGGGGCCGCCGCUCCCUCGCUGCCCCCAUCUUUCCCUCCCUUCGGGAUUCCCAGAGCGUCCAGCCCCCUGUCUCCGCGUCCCGGCCCAUGGCGCCCCGCGGUUGAGCCGGCGCCGCCAGGGACCCCUCCCGCGGGCCUCCCCGGGGCGCGCAGAUCCCGGAGCCGCCCGCCCACCCUCCGCGGAGUCUCCCUCCCCUCCUCGCCCGAGCCGGGCGGGACCAUGGCUGCGAAGCUGCGAGCGCAUCAGGUGGACGUGGACCCGGACUUCGCGCCACAGAGCCGGCCGCGCUCGUGUACCUGGCCCCUGCCGCAGCCCGACUUGGCCGGCGACGAGGACGGAGCGCUGGGUUCAGGGGUGGCAGAGGGCGCCGAGGACUGCGGGCCGGAGCGCCGGGCGACGGCCCCGGCGAUGGCCCCAGCGCCGCCGCUGGGCGCGGAGGUCGGACCGCUGCGGAAAGCGAAGAGCUCCCGGCGGAACGCGUGGGGGAACCUGUCCUACGCCGACCUCAUCACCAAAGCCAUCGAGAGCGCCCCAGACAAGCGACUCACGCUCUCGCAGAUCUACGACUGGAUGGUCCGUUACGUGCCCUACUUCAAGGAUAAAGGCGACAGCAACAGCUCGGCCGGCUGGAAGAACUCCAUCCGGCAUAACCUGUCGCUGCACACCCGUUUCAUCCGCGUGCAGAAUGAGGGCACAGGCAAGAGCUCCUGGUGGAUGCUGAACCCCGAGGGCGGGAAGACAGGCAAGACCCCUCGGCGGCGGGCCGUGUCCAUGGACAACGGGGCCAAGUUCCUGCGCAUCAAGGGCAAGGCGAGCAAGAAGAAGCAGCUGCAGGUACCUGAGCGAAGCCCCGAUGACAGCCCCCCGGGCGCGCCAGCCCCGGGGCCCAUGCCUGCCGCGGCCAAGUGGGCCACCAGCCCGGCCUCGCACGCCAGCGACGACUACGAGGCGUGGGCAGACUUCCGCGGCGGCGGGAGACCCCUGCUCGGGGAGGCGGCCGAAUUGGAGGACGACGAGGCCCUGGAGGCCCUGGCACCGUCGUCGCCACUCAUGUACCCGAGCCCCGCGAGCGCGCUGUCGCCCGCGCUAGGAGCGCGCUGUCCCGGGGAGCUGCCCCGCCUGGCCGAGCUGGGGGGCCCGCUGGGCCUGCACGGCGGCGGCGCGGGGCUGCCCGAAGCCCUGCUGGACGGCGCGCAGGACGCGUACGGGCCUCGGGCCCGGGCGGGGACGCCCGCCUACUUUGGCGGCUGCAAAAGCAGCGCCUACGGCGGGGGCGGGGGCGGGGGCUUCGGGCCCCCUGCGCUGGGCGCGCUGCGCCGCCUGCCCAUGCAGACCAUCCAGGAGAACAAGCAGGCCAGCUUCGCGUCGGCCGCCGCUCCCUUCCGCCCCGGGGCGCUGCCCGCGCUGCUGCCGCCGCCGCCCGCACCCAGGCCCGGCCCGGUGCUGGGUGCGCCGGGGGAGCUGGCGCUGGCGGGCGCGGCCGCCGCCUAUCCCGGCAAGGGCGCGGCCCCGUACGCGCCGCCGGUGCCCUCGCGCAGUGCCUUAGCCCACCCCAUCAGCCUUAUGACGCUGCCCGGCGAGGCGGGCGCCGCGGGCCUGGCGCCGCCGAGCCACGCGGCCGCCUUCGGGGCCCCGCCCGGGGGCCUCCUGCUGGACGCGCUGCCGGGGCCAUACGCGGCGGCCGCCGCCGGGCCGCUGGGGGCCGCACCCGACCGCUUCCCCGCCGACCUGGACCUCGACAUGUUCAGCGGGAGCCUCGAGUGCGACGUCGAGUCCAUCAUCCUCAACGACUUCAUGGACAGCGACGAAAUGGACUUCAACUUCGACUCUGCCCUGCCUCCGCCGCCGCCCGGCCUGGCCGGGGCUCCGCCCCCCAACCAGAGCUGGGUGCCGGGCUGAGGGCCGCCUCCCGCGCCCCCGGUGCCCCGCCCCGCCCCCAAGGGGCUUCUGUCUUCCCGUCCUGAUUCCCUGGGCCCCAUCCCCGAUCCCAGCUCCACGGGAGGAUCCGGGAGACAGCCCCAGGCCUGCUAGAGACGUCCCUCAGAGGCUGACCGCUGGAGGGAAGCCGUAGGGCGGGGCUGGGGCGCCUGCCAUUCCUGCUCCAACUCCUGAGACCCGCUCCUCCUGCCCCUUAGGGCAGGAGGCCUGGGGGAAUUUCAGGCCGGUGGGAGUAGGGAGGAGCCAGGUGAGCUGCGGUGGUCGGUGGUCGGGGAUUCUAACC